UAGCUAUGAUUUGUAAUAAGUAAAUGUAGCACAUGUGCCUUGAUUCUCACUGAUGAGCCCUGGGUAUGGUGCCUUGAUUCUCACUGAUGAGCCUUGGUUUGAUGCCUUGAGCUCUUGUUCUAUGUCUGCAUCAGCAUCAGGUGAAUAUUGUUAAUCUCAGUGAUGCAAAGUUUUAAUUUUCCUUUUUCUUUUGGAGGGCAGACUUGUGCAUGGGGUCAGGUGGGGUGGUGGCAGCAAAAUGCACACCUUAAUAAAUUUGCAGAUGGAGAUUAGUACUAAAUUUGCAGCUUGGGACUAGGGAGGGUGAUCACAUGAGACUUGAGAAUGCAUGUGAUCAACAUACACUUUUGUUGUCAUUGUUGGUUGUACCAAACCAAGCCAAACGCGCGGUGCAUCUGCAUUAACAAUGGGAAACUCAUUGCUGAUUAUGGAUUCAAGGACAAAAAGGGAAGGAAGGAUGUCAAUUUGAUGAGACAAAUCGACCAUGUAGAACGUCCAGUUGCAAAAGUAAACAAAACAUAACAAAUGGAGCAAUGUUGCACCCACUCUUUUUUUAGAUUUAAUUAAUUUGUAUUAAACAAGUGAGCAAUUUGCUUCCUAACCUGCGCUUGUGUUUUGUGUUUAUUAUUAGCCAUCAUCAUACCCUUGUGUUUUGUGUUUAUUUUUACAUGAGGACUCUGGGUGUGGGAGGACCAACUGCGGAUGAAAGAUAAAGCACAAGGGCUCAAGUGAUAAGAGUACAGUCACUCCCUCCCUCCUUGGCUCCUUCCCCACACCACAGGCCACACAUGUUGAGGGAGAGAGAGAGCGCGCUUCCAACGGAGCAGAAGAGCCUCCUCCUGCCCGUGUUAGCUCAUCUAGGUUGCUUGUCUUGUCUGAAAGAUCCCCCUGUCCUGCCCUGCCGAGAUGGGGGGAAUUCACCGCGGCGGAGACACGGACGGACUCCAUUCCCAGCGGCCCAAUCACCGUUUUGCCGGUGUUGGACCCUUGAUGAAACAAGGAGGUGAAGCUGGGAUACUUUCCGAUCCUUUGUUUGGUGGGAACAGGCUUUGUUCACCGAAAAGAGCUGGUCGAGACAAAAAAAAAAAGUUAAUAGAUGGUGUCUCUGGAGAUGUCAUUGCUAGGCAUACAUCUCCUGGUAUUUUAGGAAGGCUUAUGGGCCUUGACAUGAUGCCUUCAUCUGGAGUGCAUAGCCAAAACACAUGUAACGGGAACCAUUCACAGGACAUGUUGCCAGAAAGUUGCAGAGAUGAAUCGUGGAGCUGUCAUGAUAAAUAUGCUUUCGCUGGAGAUGUUUCACGUAGGACAAGCACUGAUGAGGUUCCAGAAUUUAAAGAUGUUUUUGAAGUUAUGGAGACCACGAGAGUGAAGAACCAAAACCAUGAUACUUCUUCUCGACAUGACAAGGUUAACAGUGCCGACCUUAAUUUUGCAAGGCAGAAAUUUAUGGAUGCAAAACGUCUUUCUACGGAUGAAUCCUUUCAGAGAUCGAAGGAGUUCAAUGAUGCGGUUGAUGCAUUGGUAUCAAAUAAAGAACUUCUGAUGGAAAUUCUUCAAGAAUCCACGGCAAGUGAUCUGUGCGAUCUCAACUGCUCUCCAUCUUCUGGUCUAAACUGCAUCACACUAUUAAAACCAUCCAGAAGAAAUAAGUUCAUUGAUGCAGAUGUUGUCUAUCCACCAGAAGAGGAUACUGGAAGGUGUUUUCACGCACCAAAAGAAGCAAAGCAUUCUCCAAGGAACCCUUCGAUCAGCUUUCCUAACCAACCUCUCAAAGAAGGCACUAGUUCUUUCAGACAAAAAUUGUCUAGGUCAAGCUACAAGGAGAGGGUUGAUAAACGCAUUUCUCCCACUCGGAUUGUUGUUUUGAAACCAUGCAUUGAGAAAACUCAGAACAUGGAGGGAGCAUUUCCACUAACUCAUGACAUGUUUUGCUCUAGCUACAGAAGGACCAACACAUGCCUAGAUGAUGAUGGUAUUCGAAGGCCAUAUGCAGAAGGACGCAUGCCUCAGAUCUCUACAGGGUAUUCUGAUGUGCGAUGCCAUACAGGAAAGGGGUACAGAGAAAUUGCUCAAGAGGUUUCAACACAAAUGAAGACACCUGUCAAAGGAGGUGCAAGUGGAAAGCAGAAACUCAAUCCAAAUAUUGGGGUGUCUAACUGGGAUGAUCAGGUACCUUUAUUGUCAUCGAAUGGGCUAAAGUGUUCAGCGGCAUCGCAAAGAUCUUCUGGGUUAUGUGAGGCUCCGGGUGCUCAUCGCUUGGGGGCUUCACCAACAUAUUCAACUAAGACAUCAAUUAGGAAAGAAGCAAGGAGACGGCUCUCUGACAGAUGGAAGGUAACUCACCAGUAUCAACAGCCAUCACAAGAUGCCAAUACAUUCUGCACAUUAGGAGACAUGCUUGCUCUCUCUCACAAAGAGGCAUCAAAGCGUACUUCCGGGGAAACAGCUUGUGAGCAAUCGCCAAAUGUGGAAUUGCAUAGAACUGUGAUGCCAGGAUCAUGUGGUUAUUCUCUUGGCAUCGGUAGCAAUGAUGGUUGGAAAGAUGAGGACAUAUGUAACUUAACAAGGUUGGAGUCUAUUUUUACUUCAUCCAUCGAUCGAGGGAGUCCAAAAUUGAGCAGCAGAAAAGCAAGUUGUACGUAUGACGAAUAUUCUAUGGUCGAAAACAUCAUCAGAGCAGGGCCUUACUCUGAAGAUUUGCAUCACGACAGACCUAGGAGAUCACUUGUCAGAAGCUCAACAAAUCCAUCUCUGGAUGAAGUGGAAAGUAUGGUGACCGAACAUGAGAUACAUGUGAAUUUUGAAGAACCAACUUACGCCGUUGCAGUUCCAGAGCUAUCUGAAACUGGAGGGAGACUUGUACCUGCUAGAAAUUCGAACUGUAGAUUAGGUGCUGAACGGUAUUUAGACAACAGUUCUGCAGUUCCAGAAUGGCAACACGAGGCUCGGUCUUCUGCACAGAACAAGAUGAUGGACCAAGAGCAGACAUGCACACUAGAUGACCGUCUUUUUUCCAAUAGUCUCAGAGAUCCUGCAUCUCAGGCUGAUGAGAGUGGGCACGAUCGAUAUGAAGAUCAUCAAGCUCCAUCCGAUCAUCUGACAGAAUCAUUAUCCGCUGGGAGCUCGAGUGAAGAUGAUCAACCAAGUCCAGUGUCUGUUCUUGAAUCUUCCUUGGAUGCAGAUGACUGUUGUUCAGGAGGUUUUGAGAAAAUAAGUGCAGAUCUUCAAGAGCUCAGGAUGCAACUUCGACUACUCAAGAUGGAUGCAGCAGACAAUGCAGAUGAAACUGAGCUAGCUUUAUCGAGUGGUGAUGAUACUGCCGCAAGUUGCGAACUAGUUAAUGAAAGUGGGCUGCCAUCCUGUACAUUUUGGGAUGAAGAUGGAAGGGAUUUUUCGUAUGUGGAUGACAUGCUCGCUUGUCUAGGUAUUCAGAGUGCUGAGCAGGUUCUUCUACUCAAUGCACGCUAUUUGUCUGGAUCUCCUGCGUGCAGUGAUGUGUAUGAUCAUCUUGAAAAGAAGUACAGCAAGCUCAUUCUGUGGCCGCAGUCUGAGAGGAGGCUCCUUUUUGAUCUGACAAAUGCCAUCCUUGUGGAUAUGAUUACUUGUUUGACACACUGUGGCGGUAAGGGGUUGGUGAAGAAGCGUGAGUUGAGCAUGAAAUGGGACAAGGAGGGGCUUGUGCAGGAGGUGUGGGAAAGAGUGUGUCGACAACGGCGAGAAACAGAAUGUUUCCAGGAGGAAAGAUUGAUGGGUGUUGGGUGGCUGGAUUGUGAGGAUGUCACUGAUGAGAUUGCGGGAGAUAUCGGGAGUAUGGUAGGUGAGGAUCUCCUGGAAGAAGCUAUAGCUGACUUGAUUCCGUUGAAGGUUUUUGUGAAGGAAAAGGAAGUUAUUAGUGAAAGGCAGAUUAUUUAGUGAGCAGUAUAUAAUAAUGGUUUACUAGUACCAACAAAGUGCUUAUUUAUGCCCGCUUAGGCAGUGGCUGCUGUAAGUGUAAUAUUCCAUUUCCAUCCAUAGUGACUCAACCAUAAAGAAUGUAAAACUCUUUAUAUAGGAUAGGGGAGCAGCCCCUUGUAUUUAUUUAUUUACGAAUGUACAUUUUUCAGCAUGGAACCCCUGCUAUGUCGCCCUAAGAGAUUUGAGUGAGAACUA